AUGGAGCCUAAUUGGGGAGAAAGCGAAUGGAACGCCUACGGAGGACUAUACAUGUCGAGCACUAAUGAAGAGGAAGAUUUAAUGGCUCAAUUUUUGAACAACUGCUCAUUUUCUAAAGAGCAAUUAUCCGAGGAGGCAAUGGAUCUUGUCGUAUCUAAUUCCUCUCGAUUAGGUUCAAGAAAUUAUCUAGAAAUGUGUAUGAAUGGACCUAAUGAUAAUUUGUUGUGUUCUUUCUCACAUGAAGAGAGUGUACCUAAGUUAUCCUCAAAUGAUGAUCAUGGUUUGAUUUGCCCUAGUGAAGUCAACAAUUUUUUGAGCAUGGAUGAUAAUAACACAUUUAUCAUGCCUAUGCACAUCUUUGUAGAACAAGAAAACCCUAAUUAUAAGCAUAUGGGUAACCUAAUGGAUAUGGACGACAAUACUAUUGACGACAAUAUUAUCACAAAAGGGCGUGAAAACUACUCAUCUAGUAACAUAGAUGAUAACCUAUUGGAGAAUCUCAAGAAGAGGUCACGGCCUCAUGUUAAUAGUGUGAUGAAGAAGAAUUUAAAGGCUAAGAUGAGAAAAAGUGUAGCGUUAGAGAAGAUCAAACCAAGCUCGAUCAACAGUUCAGAAGAUGAACCCGACUCCAACACUACUUCUCUAGAUUUGAGUGGAAGAUUGAACGAAAGUUCAAGCAUUAAUGGCAAGAGAAGGUUGAAAAGAGGAUCUGCAACCGACCCUCAAAGCCUCUACGCUAGGAAAAGAAGAGAGAAAAUUAAUGAAAGACUAAGGAUCUUGCAAAGUCUUGUCCCAAAUGGCACAAAAGUUGACAUAAGCACAAUGCUUGAAGAAGCUGUCCAAUAUGUGAAAUUCUUGCAGCUUCAAAUUAAGAUUUUGAUCUCUGAUGAUUUAUGGAUGUAUGCACCCAUUGCAUACAAUGGAAUGAACAUUGACCUUGAUAUCAAUUAA